CUGGGGAGCGGGGGUCCGGGCUGGACAUUAGGCCCUGGGGGAUGUGGAGAGCUGGCGGCAUGUCCGCAGAGCUGGGGCUCGGCUUCGCCCUGAGGGCGGUGAACGAGCGCGUGCAGCAGGCGGUGACGCGGCGGCCGCAGGGGUCAGCAGCCUUGGCGGAUGGGAGAGGGGCCAGGCCUGUGCCCAGAGGCCGCAGGAGAAGACGACCACUACCAGAGCAGCCAAAGGAGGCCAGGUCUGCCGGAGAUGUGUGUGGCAGCGUCUCAGCUAGUAGAUGCUCAGUAAAUGAACUCCCAGCCAUCCAGCCCCGGCUAGUAGCGGUCAGCAAAACCAAACCUGCAGACAUGGUGAUCGAGGCCUACAGUCACGGGCAGCGCACUUUCGGGGAGAACUAUGUUCAGGAACUGCUUGAAAAAGCAUCAAAUCCUAAAAUUCUGUCUUCGUGUCCUGAGAUCAAAUGGCACUUCAUUGGCCAUCUACAGAAACAAAAUGUCAACAAGUUGAUGGCUGUCCCCAAUCUCUUCAUGCUGGAAACAGUGGAUUCUGUGAAGCUGGCAGACAAAGUGAACAGUGCGUGGCAGAAAAAAGGUUCUCCCGAAAGGUUAAAGGUUAUGGUCCAGAUUAACACCAGCGGAGAGGAGAGCAAACACGGCCUGCCCCCUGCAGAGAUGGUGGCCGUGGUGGAACACAUAAGCGCCAAGUGCCCCAGCCUGGAGUUCGUGGGGCUGAUGACCAUCGGGAGCUUAGGGCAUGAUCUUAGUCGAGGACCGAACCCAGACUUCCAGGUGUUACUGUCCCUCCGGGAGGAGCUGUGCAGGAAGCUGAGCAUUCCUGCCGACCAGGUGGAGCUGAGCAUGGGCAUGUCCAUGGACUUCCAGCAUGCGAUUGAAGUGGGAUCUACGAAUGUCCGAAUAGGAAGCACCAUUUUUGGAGAGCGAGAUUACUCCAAGAAAGCUGCCCCCGACAAGGCUGCAGCAGAGCUGAAGGCCCCGGCGGCGGAGGUGGCCCGGGCACACUGAGCAGCGGCCCAGCCCAAGGGCCGGGUCCAGGAAGACUGACUACGCACUACUCUGGGCUUUCGCUUCCACGUGCCCCACGUCACAGCACGACCACACCCUCCUCGGGACCUGGAAAGAGCACGCUGACCAUUAUGUGCGUCGAUGGAAACCAUCUGACUUAGCGUCUGACGCAGGAAGCUCACUUCAAGCAGUGACUUUGGAUUGGAUUUGAGGAAUCCAGACUUUUCUGCAGAACAGGUACCUGGGCACUAGUCAGGAGUUGAGUUCAGGCUUGAACAUUGCCCAGGAGCACCAACCAACCCAUGAAUGCCUUUCCCAGGUUCAAACUUGCUGACUGUCGAUGCCUAUAAUCACCAAAGUCAGAGGGAUUCUCACUUGUCGUCCACUUCAAUAGAAAGUUCCCUGUUACCAACUCCGUACAGACCCCACUGAGUAGCCAUCUCUGCUGCUCUGGAGCAGCGUGGUUUCUGCCCCCAGUCUCCACCCCAGCCAGUAAACGCUGGUCUCCACUCUGGAAUGGCAGUACAGGUACUUCAGGACCUGCCUUGAGUUAGUCCUCCAGACCCACAUUGUGGCUGAUGAGAGCUGUGUCCUCAGCCGCCGUGCGGUGCUGACCCUGAAAAUUACAGGGCAACUAACAUAAGCGGUCCUUGGGCCUUUCUAACGUCCUCCUCCAGAGACAGGACUUUGAGCUUUUGCCCUGGGCCCUACGGUGAUGACCAUCAAAUGAUACGAUUUUUCCGCCACCAUAGUCCCCGUUAUGAUGAUUUCUUAUCUCAUAGCUCCCCAGAUAUGAAAGAUUCCCUCAAAGCCAGUUCAGGCUCACAGUUUCAACAAAGCCUGGCUUUGAGGUUCCUGUUCCUGGGAGCACUUUUUAGGCAUAUUUAUAGCCUCCCCUCCCAACCAUGUUUAUAAGGCAGAAUUUUGCAAGUCUUGACAUUAAUGGAGUAGCUAGCUCUUCAAAACCCAGAAAGCACAAUUCUCGGAUAGUCACAACAGACAACUGUAGUCUGGGUCGUUGUUUGUUUUCUAGGUGGGUUUUUCGUACUUAUUCAAGCCCCAGUCUCUAAUUUUAUGAAACAACUUCCAUUAAGCUCCUGCCGAAAUGAAAUUUUGUAAAACUUAAACCAUUAUGAUUCCUGUACUGUUUCAAUCAAAGCUAUAGUGUGAUAUUUCAGUCUAUUAAAUAAAAAUGUGAGUUUGAAUUAUGCCAUCUAUGCCAAUUACAAAGCGAUUAAAAGAUUUAUUUUCUCCA